AUGCCUGCUCCCGGCGACCAGCACACGAGCAUUGUCAACCCUUUCGAGGACCAGAAGCCCGUGAUCAAUGAGUUUACAGCUCAGCAAAUAGCUACUCUCCAAAGCCGGCUCGACAAGCAACUGGGUCCCGAGUACCUCUCCGUCCGCGCAGGCCCCGGCGGUUCAAAGCUCCACUACAUCACCGCCGAAAAGGUCAUUUCCCUCGCCAACGAAAUCUUUGGCUUCAAUGGGUGGUCGUCCAGCAUUCAGAACUUUCAGAUCGACUUUGUCGACGAGGAUCCCAAGACCUUGAAAGUAAGCCUCGGGCUUUCGGUCAUUGUACGAGUGACGCUCCGCGAUGGGACCUACCAUGAGGACUUGGGAUAUGGUCACAUCGAGAACUGCAGAGGAAAGGCGGCUGCGUUUGAGAAGGCAAAGAAGGAGGGGACGACUGAUGCGCUCAAGCGGGCGUUGAGGCACUUUGGCAAUGUGUUGGGGAACUGCAUCUACGACAAGGAGUACCUGAAGAAAAUCGGGAGUAUAAGGGCGGCCCCGACAAAACUCAACCAAGACAACUUACAUAGACACCCGGACUUUGUGAAGUCGACGACUGGGCCGGUUGCCGCACAAGCUGCUGCUCCUCCACAACCUCAGCCUGCCGCACCGGCGCCCGCACCCGCAGCAGCCCCAGCUCCCGCUCCGGCCGCCGCACCGGUGAUUCCAUCUUCGGUUUCCGCCGAGUCGUUUGAGGAUUUUCUUGGUGAGCUCGAUGAGGCCGACUUUAUGAUUAGUGAAGAGGGUCACCCAGACGAGGUUCUUAUCACCAACUCAGCAUCCGAUACAAGUACUGUUAGUGUCAGCGAUAAGUCAAUGCAACCUCCAACAGCGAGGCCCCUUGCGAGAACUGGAUCUGCUGGCACCAGUCAGUUCUCUCGGCCUCAACAGCAACCGCAGACCCCUAAUCCGAUGUCACGGACAAACGCCUUCGUUGGAGCGGGUACCCAGAUGAACAGCAACAACAAUAAUGGUCCACGGCCAUCGACAGGGCAGUUCACCUCCGGGAACCAGUUCAACCAGAACCGGCCUUCCAUCCAACAGAACAACAACUACAACCAACCACCUCGACCUCCUGUGGCCCAAAAUGGUGCUUCCCAGACCAACGGUCAGAACAACAACACUGCCAACGGCAGUAACAACAACUACUACAACAACAACAACAACAACAACAACAACAGCAACAACAACAACAACGCCGCUCCAGCUGUGGCCCCAGCGGAGGUUGGUUUCUUCUCGGCUCGGGCAGUGAAAGACAUACCGGAAGACGCCCUCGUCGCUGGCCAGGUUACUCCCUUCAAGGCAGGAAUGGGCUUCAACCCCCGUGCCGAAAGCCCUUCGAUUCGCAAGACCCCCGGCAUCGACCACAGCACAUCCAAGCCCCUGUCAAGAAGCGGGCAGCAUGUUCCCCCAGCCAAGACGACCGAAACCAAACCAGCUAGCGGCCCUGUACCACGACCAGGAGGCACGGGUGUUGUCCCAUAUCAACGUCCCAGCAUCGCCGGAGUAACGAACCCUCAGUUAGACUCUACAAGACGGAUCGGGGUACCUGGUUCAGGACCGGGUAGCCCGCUAGCGAACAGGAACCAGUACCGGCCGCCUACGAUCAAGAGACCUGCCCCUGAUGCCGGGAAUGGGAAUGGGCAACAGCAAAAUGGCACGAGGGAGCCGUUAGCGGAUGGGAAUAAGAACGCGCCGAUUGGGCAGCAGGCGAAUGGGGGGUUUCCGGGGCCAGAGGCCAAGAGGCCGAGGGUUGCUUAG